CCACACACAGAGGCACGUGCACGUCGUAAUCCGAGCGACACCUCACAGCUCAUCACGCGAUCAAGAGGUGGACACGUGUCACGGCCACGACGGCACUGUCGGUUGCAAGCCGUUGAAGCAUGAGUUUAUGAACACAACAACAACCUCGUUCCGUUCCUCACAACGCAACCGUCCCUCGUUGAGUUGUCCCUCCCUUUUGCCGAGGAACCAACAACCUCACCCUCUUCACACGUUUCCGCGGCGAAAGAUGGAGGAGAUGAACAUUUCUCGGCGAGUGGAGUGGUGGCAGAGCAUGAUGUACCCCGUUCGAAGGGCUUGGCUCGGCGUCGCCACGCGCCUUGGAGUUCGCAAAAAUGGGUUACUGGAUCUACGACAAGACGUGAGGGCAUGCGAAUAUGAGGACAUUCAAGUGAUGUGGGAGAUGCUAAAUAGAAGCGAAUCAGAGUUUGGUCAUUCUUCUGUAAAAGGCAACAAGAAGAGGCAUUGCCGGAAAUUGCUGAGGUGGGCAAGGUGUGCUCCAUACAUGUACGGUGACUGAGCAUGCUGUUGUGACAUGUGAGUGUUUCUCUUCGCAGAAAAUUCCAACCUAUGACGUGUUGCUGUGGCUUAUGCUUCAAUAUGGAAUAAAGGGUUCUGAGGGGUUAGUGUAGAACACGGUUCUCCUCUCCUCUUAAUCAACCAACUCAACCAUCUGUAGAUAUAUAUAUAUAUAAAUAUCAACCGCAUCAUCCACCAAGUCGAUGUAAUGUCAACAUUGUAUGUGUAGUUUGUGUUGUGUUUCAUCAUCAUCUUGGUAUGUUCGGACGUUCAUGUAUUGCUUUUAGAGAUCCAUGAAUCGUGUCUCAAGCUUUCAGGCUUCAGCUUAGUUUUGUAUCAGAAACUAUCUGCAUUCAGCAGAAGGUAUAUAUAUAAAUAUGUGUAACUAUUAUAAAUA